ACGAAAACAAAAACAAAAAUUCCUUUCCUUCCCAGCAUUCCAAUUUUCAUCCCUUGAAGAAAUUUACCAAUCCAAUCAACAGACUCGAAAGCAUCCACCAGCUCCGUAACUAAAACCCUAAAAAUGUCUCUGAUAAUCCCCCUCUCUCCAAAAUUUCCAACACUUGAACCUCAAAAACUCAACACCCGUAAUUACAUAUACAAUCUAAUUGGCAAAAGAAGCAAAACCAAAAUCAAAUGCUCGGACGCAGAUCUGGCGUCGAAAUUGGCGAAAGAAGUGGCGAAAAUGAACACCCUUUUGGUCGAGAGAAACGAGGCAAUGGAGAAGAGCAGAGAUCUUCUCUUCAGAGAGCUUUGCAAUUACCUUUCCAUGGAGGCCGAGGAGGUCAAGAACAAGUGGAAGAAAAUGGAAGAUGAGGAAAAGUGGGUUUUGGUUGAAGGCUUUGUUUCGGAUUGGGGUGUCAAUUUUCAUCCUUUGUCUGCCAGGUCUGUCAAGGAAUUGAUUCAACAACAUUUGCAACGACAACAAGAAAAUGAUUCUUCCGAGGUUUCUCAUUCAUCAUUGUUUCCGAGUCUCAAGAAAAUCAUGGGUUUUUCGCAAAACAAAUGAUUGCCCUCUUGAUUACCUUUGUUUUUGGCAACUUUGCUACUAUUACCUUUGUUUAAUUUUGUCAUGUGGAUAUGGUUUCACGCAUGGUGUAAAUUUUUUUUUUAAUACAAUAAUAAUCAUGUUAUGGAAGAUAAUAUGGAAAUAGC